AUGGAUCUUCGCCAGCUACAUUCAAGUCAAAAAGAAGCUAUGAAGAAAAUUAUGGAAUUUUCUGGAGAAUCUAAUGAACUUGAUAUUGAUGAAUGGUUAACUGAUUUAACCAAUUUAUUUGGAUUAAUGAAAUUAAAAGAUGAAACAAAAAUUCUCGAAACUAUGGGUAAAUUAACAGGAUCAGCUUUACGAUGGUAUCAAGAAAAUUUAGGAUCAUUUACUAAAUGGGAAGAUGCUGAAAAAGCAUUAAGAGAUCGAUUUAAAGAAUUUACAUCAUAUAGUCAAUUGAUGCAAGAUUUUAUUCAGAUCCAGCAAGAAGAAAAUCAAUCAGUAACAUCUUUUUAUGAACAUGUUAUGCGAAAAUAUAAGAAAGCUAAACAAUAUAUUACUGAACAACAAGUAAUUACAGUAUUACAAACUGGUGUAAAAAAUUCAAUGAAAGAAUAUUUAAUUCGAAAUGAAAAGAAUAUUAAUGAUCCUGAAGAAUGGUUACAAUAUGCACGAGAAGAAGAACAUAUACAGAAACGAAUUCAACAACAGCGUAGUAAUAUGGGUUUGGAAACAACAACAACAACACAACCUUUCUUUGAUCCAGUUAUGUCCGUGAGAACAUUUCAACCAACAUCAUCAAAUAAUCAAUCAUCAAACCGAUAUACAUCAACAACAAAGUACCACCAUAAACAAUAUAAUCGUCCGGAAAAUAAUGGUACAUAUUCAACACAAAAUAAUAAUCAAGAUGUUAGAACAACACGGAAAAAUGAUUGGAAUAAUACAACAUCCAAACCUAAUCCAUGUUUAAUAUGCAAUCGAACUAAUCAUCCAACAAUUAAAUGUUAUUACAAGAAAGAAAAAGGCUGUUACAAGUGCGGACAAUCAGAUCAUCGAAUAUAUGAUUGUCCACAACAGCAUUUUUUCGAGUAG